AUGGAUCCCAUCGACGAUGACCCGACAUUGGGGACGGUACCGAAAAUUGGUGGCAGUCCCGUAGUGACAAACACGACACUGCCGGCCGUAAAUGCGAGGGAAACGAGACAGCCGCUUGUCAUCGGGGUUACGUUAACUGCGUUAUUCUUGGCGUCUAUCGUCGCCGCAUUAAGGAUAUACGUCCGCAGGUGGAGGUUAAGAAGAUGGGGACCUGAUGACACUGCCCUUGUUUUCUCAUACGUCCUUGUAUUUGUUACCGGCCUGUUGAUGCUAAUCAACACACAUUACGGAGACGGCCUCCACAAGGCCACCCUCACGCGCGAAAACUACCUGAAAACGCAAGAGAUUGCCAUCGCUGCUGUUGCCGUAUACCAAGCGGCAAUGCCCCUAAUCAAAUCCACGUUUCUUCUCCAGUACCGACGAGUCUUUCCGCUGCCGCCAUUUCAAAAGCUUUGCAACAUAUUCUUAAUAUUCAUAAUGACCUUCGGGUUCACGCAGGUGGUGUCGCUCUGCUUCGCCUGCGUUCCACUGCGAGCCUUAUGGGACUUCUCAGUUCAGGGCAAAUGCUUCAAGUUGUUAGACUGGUGGUAUGCUGGAUCGGCGAUAAACCUGAUUACAGACAUCAUAAUCUUCGUUAUGCCCGUUCCUCUGCUGAGGACUCUUGCCGUGCCAUUGAGACAAAAGAUUGUUCUCAUGGCGACGUUUGGUCUCGGUUUCUUCACAUGCGCGAUAUCUGUCAUACGACUUACAACACUCAAGUCGUCAGCGACAUCGACUGACCCAACAUACAACACCGUCGUCGCCGGCAUCUGGUCGAUAACAGAACUAUGCUGUGCCAUCAUCUGCGUCUGCAUACCGACCUUGCGGCCGUUAUUGGGCACCCAGAGCCUGAGCCCAGUAAUUAAGCGGACUUACGUGCAGAGGAAUCUCGAAGACAGCGCAGACACGGAAUUGUACACACAAUCUGAUGGCGCCACCACUUCGCAGAAGAGACGAUCCCGACCUGUUUCUCAAGCAUCGCAACACGCGAUCGAGGAUAUGGAGAGUCCUCGGAUCGUGGACGAGUACGCUCGGAGCCUGUCUGGGGUGACGAUACCACCUGCGAUACAUAUCGACGAAGCCCACGAAGCGCGGACGGAUCUAAGGACCCGGGAUACGUUCAAGACGCGAGAGGAGUUGAAAGCGGCCAUGACGAUGACUUUGCCAUUGACGAGGGUCGAUACGGAUGACGGCGUCGAGUUUCUCAUGCUCGAGGCGCCGGGGCACGAACCAGAGCUGCCUACGCCACUGCAACCGCCACCGAGGCGGCAUACGGACAGAGGCAAUCGGCAGAGCCAGGGUGAUUAUUUUGGGUCUGUCGUUUGGGAGUCGUCGGGUGAGCCGAAAGCAGGCGAUUCGACAGACGUGAGUCCGAAAGACAAAGAGGAUGGCCCGUCAUGA